AUGCUAGGUAAAGCUUAUCAAGCAACGCACAUACUUAUUAUCAAUUGUGUAAUUAUCAUUACAGACGCAUCAGUAGAUGUCAUCGAAGAGGCUUUUAACUAUUUUAAGCCUAACAUGUUCUUCUCCAGCUUUGAAAUCGAGGGUACUGCCGAUCGGGUACUCAUCUACCUAACCCUGUUUAUACGUGAGUGUAUCGUGAAGUCACAAAGAUGUGCCAACGCGAAGGAGGCCGAGAAAACACUCAAUACAUUUGCGCUUUCCAACUUUUCGAUGCCCGGUGAUGGUCACUUUACAUUGGGCACUAUGUACCCCGCUCCCGCUGACAAAGGUGAAGCAGAUCUUCUGAAGCAGUAUAUCACACAACUUCGAGUGGAAACUGCACAACGAUUUGUGAAGAAAGCUUUCAAAGAUAAUGCACCUGAUAAGUGGUGGUUCUGCUUCGCAAAACGAAAGUUUCUAAAUAAGACUAUCGACUAA